CUUCUUUUAGGGCCCCCGCUGUAUGUCACAAUGCGAAGAGCUUUAGAAAAAGCUAUGGACCAUGCGGAUCGUGUCAUUGAAAGCGCCCAACAGAGACCUCCUCGGAGGAAAUCCUCAUCCACUAGGGGGAAAUCUCUGCACGAAAAGCUGUAUGACAUCUAUGUUGAGGAGUGCGGGAAGGAGCCCGAAGGUACGGAGGAAUUAACGCGCAAUGCGAACUUGCUGGAGAAGCUUGUUCGGAGGGAGUCCUUGCCCCGUUUAGUGGUCAACCUAUACCCAGGCGAGGAGGGGUAUUCGCUGAUGAUCAAGGGAGAAAAUGAACUCUAUUCAGAGACCAUUAGACUGCCCUAUGAGGAAAGGGACUUUCUUGAAUACUUGGAUGCAGAGGAACUGCCUCCUAUUUUGGUGGAUGCCCUGGAAAACUCGCAAGCUAACAUUUUUCAGAGCGGGUGUGUCAUCACAGAAGUGCGGGACUAUAGACAGUCCACUAACGGGGGCCGCAGUCGUUACCAAAGCAGGCAUGUUCUCUUACGCCCGACGAUGCAGACAUUAGUUUCUGACGUCCACGCCAUAACCGGCAAUAACCAGACAUGGACCCAGGAAGACAGACUUUCACUUGAGAGCCAGCUGAUCUUAGCUACAGCUGAGCCCCUGUGCCUUGAUCCUUCUGUAUCAGUAGCCUGCAUUGAAAACAAGCUGCUCUAUAACAAGCAAAAGAUGAACACUCCCCCAAUGAGAAGGAAUUUCAAGAGGUAUUCUACAGCCUCCCUGAAUUGGCAGCAGAAGCUGUCUUAUAGUUCACUCCCUCCUGAGCUAAGGGCAUGGGAUUUUCACACAAAAAGGAAAGAAAGGCAAGCAGGUCAGCAGGAUGACCUCAGAUUUCCCAAAGCAGGAAGUUGUGUAGAUAUGUGGAAACAGCAACCCUGUGACUUGGAGGUCCCUUCUGAAGUGGAUGUGGACAAAUAUGCUAAAGAGGAGAGGUCUGUCGCAUACGAUGAUGCACAACCAACAGUCUGGCCAGCCCUGGAGACACAAGAGGAUUCUCUAUUUGGAUGUGAAGCUGGCGAUCCAUUCCAGACAACAAAGCCGACCGUCAUGCAGUCUCUGAAUGAUCCAUUUAUCUCUGGAAAGAGAAAGUCACAUAAAAAAGCCAGACGUAGGAGACGGAGACAGAUGUCUCACCACCUCUCCUCCACAGAUGACCAACCCAGUAGUUCCAGGCCUGGGUCACAGACUGGUGCUGGGAAAGCAGCCAGGCAGUCUGAGGAAUUGGUGCAGAAUUGGGUGGCACAGAGCUCCAGUGGCUCCGCCAGCCUCAGCCAGCUUUCUCCAGGGAGAGCAGCAGAACAGCCUCAGGCCGUGUCAAUUCAGUCUCCAGUUCAGGGCCAGGGAGACCAACACACACCUCCAGCCAUCUGUCUUCCCUGCAGCUCAGGAAAUAGCUCCUGGGACAAUAGUUUUACUCCACAGCAGGCAAGCAGCUUUUGUAAAUCUCCAUCUCAUGCCUCUGCUUCAGAGCCACCAAGUCUUCCCGAGAAAUCUUCUGUGAAAGGGAACCAAGCUUGCAUACUUCCUGCAGCCACCGUGUCUACUGCCAGCACAUCACCAAGGACCCCUGCCAGCCAGGUCAAGGCCACCUCUGCUCAUCCCAAGAUCACCAAAGUGGUGAGCCCUGCUCAUGCAUCCCAGACAGUGGUGAGAGGUUCUACGCCCCUGAAGGGCUUUACUGCUAGGACCAAGACUCCUAUUGCCAUCAAGCCCAGAAUCCUGUGCUCAGGAGGCCAGCGGCUAGCACCUAUACAGCCUGCUUUACCAAAGCCUCCUUCACAAGGCAUUAAAAUUAUUUUUAAAAAUAGUCCAGAUCUCACACCAAUAGCUGUAGUCCAGCUCCCAGGUUCAGUCAUUUUGAACACCCAGAUGCAGCCAGUGGCAAAGGGUUCAAGUACAAAAGGUUCAACCCGUCAAAGAAUGAUCUUACCUGCUCCUCAAGCUGCUAUCAUUAACCUCAAUGAAGUAGGAAGUCUUCUGCAGCCCCAGAUGGCCCUGUUGUCUCAGCCUAGCUCUACCCAGACCAUACCUGGGCAAAGCCCUCCCCAACAGAGGCUUCUGUUCCCUGCUGCCUUCCAGCAGCUGCCACAGGCCCAGACGGUACAGUGGAGAAUUGUGCAGAUCCCAGUGACUGUGCCAACCACAGAAGCCCCAAACAGCUCAGCUACAUCCACAUCCACAUCCACAUCCACAUCCACAUCGUGGCCAGCAGAAAGCAAGCCAGACAAAAGAACUUUCACGAUAAUGGCUGUUUCAGGAAGGAAGAAGGGAAAAGGCAAAGAGCCAAAGGGUGCUUUCCAGCUGAACCAGUUCCUUGUAAGGAAAUUUCCUGGAAGCCCUCUCCAGGAAUUCCUAGACUUCACUGGCCAGACCAGUGCCACAUAA